GUCGCCCCCUGGUGUCUGGCUGCAGUAAUGGUCACUGUCUUUGUGUCUUAAGAAAACAUUUAGACUCUUUAGACUUUCAUCUUUAAAGAUUGCAUGACCUUGAUUCAAUUUACUACUUCUAUUCCAAACAAAGUUUUCCUAAUUACAAAAAAACUAUAAAACGUUUUUUUAUGAAAUAAUGUACUUCAGCUCCUUGUCAGGUGCUUUUGUUUUGAAGAACUUUAAACCGGAAGUUCAGAGACUAACUGGCUCCAACUUGAAAAGGGGAACGACACAUGAUUGGGCGUGGUCGCGGUAAAGGAGGAAAGGGUCUCGGCAAAGGCGGCGCCAAGCGCCACCGGAAGGUUCUGCGUGAUAACAUCCAGGGAAUCACCAAACCCGCCAUCCGCCGUCUGGCUCGCCGCGGCGGAGUGAAGCGUAUCUCCGGGUUGAUCUACGAGGAGACCCGCGGGGUGCUGAAGGUGUUCCUGGAGAACGUGAUCCGUGACGCCGUCACCUACACCGAGCACGCGAAGAGGAAGACGGUGACCGCCAUGGACGUGGUGUACGCCCUGAAGCGCCAGGGCCGCACCCUGUACGGCUUCGGAGGCUGAAAACACCGGAUGUGACGACACGACCCAACGGCUCUUUUAAGAGCCACACACUGAGUCCGAGAGGAGACAAAGUCCUGAUGAGUUCGAACCCGCAGCCCUAUUUUGUCUUAGUUUUAAGUCCGUUAAUAAGGAGACAACAGACAGGUUGAAACCAAAUCAACUGACAAACGAAGCAGUUUACACAUCAACAGACGUCUGAAAGUCUUAAUUUGAAUUUAUAUUAAUCUUCCAUUCACUGAGUUUCUGUUUCAGUCCUUGGUCACUGUUUCCCUCUAAAAGUAGAAAAUCAAUAACCAAUAACGCUUUUAUUGUAUACGAUAAAGAACAGUUGUAUUUCGACGUUGUACAAACAUAAGACUGAUUUAUUUUUCUCCCAUUUUGUCCCUGAAUUGAUUCAGCGCUGUACAAUCUUCAUAACUUCCGCCCUGAUCACAUUAAACAUAGUUAGAGUCAAGAGUGUGUGGCCAAAUUAAAAACACUGGGAACAUCAUUAAAUGGCAAAGAUAUUAAA